UCUACCCUUCGGCGCCAGGCACCGAUGGCUACGAAGUGUCGGCGCGAAAAUGACUUGCCUGAGAAAAAUGCCUGCUACCAGUGUGCUAAAGCAUUUCGGCCCUCGGUUGCUCGGGGCGAGGUUCAGGUCGUCAAAAAUAGCGAGUGCUGUGCCUUACGAAACUCUUGAAAACAAGAAAGUGGAGACUCCUACCGCAGUGCCUUCUUCGGCGGAUGUCGUCAUUAUUGGCGGUGGCAUCAUUGGCUGUAGCACGCUUUAUCACCUCACCAAGCUGGGCUGCAGUAAUGUUGUGCUGCUAGAGAAGGACCAUUUGACUGCUGGAACAACAUGGCACACAGCAGGGCUCAUAUGGAGGCUGCGACCAAAUGACACCGACAUCCAGAUUCUAAAUCACACUCGCCAUCUCCUCAUGAAUGUGUUAGAAGCAGAGACUGGUGUUCAUCCUGGAUUUAUCAACAAUGGCGGCCUUUUUAUUGCUAAUUCAAAGGAGCGCCUCGAUGAGUACAAGCGCCUAAUGACGAUAGGCAAAGCCUUCGGUAUCGAAUCUUAUGUCCUGAGUGCAGAAGAUACUAAGAAGCUGUACCCGCUAAUGAAUGUCGAUGACCUCUAUGGAACUCUGUAUAGCCCUGGUGAUGGUACUGUGGACCCUGCUGGGUUCUGCACAGCUCUCACUAGGGCAGCCACUGCUACUGGAGCAAAGGUGAUUGAGAAGUGCCCUGUGGUGGGAGUGGAAACGAGCGAGGAUGACUUCGGAACAAGGCGUGUGUCUGGUGUCCAGACAGCGGCUGGAACAAUCAAAACCAAAGCCCUCGUCAACUGCACAGGAGCCUGGGCACCAGUUAUUGGCGCCAUGGUGGGUGUGCCAGUGCCCCUGGUUGCCAUGAAGCAUGCCUAUGUGGUCACAAACCGUAUUGAGGGCAUUCAGAACAUGCCAAAUGUUCGGGAUCACGACCUUUCCCUUUACCUUCGCCUGCAAGGAGACGCCCUCUCAGUUGGAGGCUACGAGCCCAACCCAAUCUUUAUCGACCAGUUGCCUCAAGAUUUUGCUUUUGGACUCUUUGACCUCGACUGGGACGUAUUUGGGACACACAUAGAAAGUGGCAUACACAGGGUCCCAGUGCUAGAGCAGACAGGCAUCAAAUCGACUGUUUGUGGACCUGAGUCCUUUACGGCAGACCACAAGCCCCUCUUAGGUGAAGAGCCAUCUCUCCGAGGCUUUUUCCAUGGCUGUGGAUUUAACAGCCUCGGCAUGAACGGUGGUGGCGGAUGUGGCCGGGAACUGGCUGCAUGGGUUUUGCAAGGAAGGCCAAACCUGGAUAUGUAUGGCUAUGACAUCCGGCGGUUUUCUCCUUCACUCACCAAAAAUUCCCAGUGGAUUCGAGAACGGAGUCACGAGUCAUAUGUCAAGAACUAUUCCAUUGUCUAUCCAAACGAUGAACCUCUUGCAUCAAGAAAUAUGCGGAAAGAUCCCUUGCAUGAGGUCCUUUCCCAGGCAGGCUGCGUGUUCCAAGAGCGACUAGGCUGGGAACGACCUGGUUGGUUUGCUAAAGACGGCCCUGCUCCUGUUCUUCCUUACGAUUAUUAUGGCAGCUAUGGGAAUGAGAAACACAAGAAUUACACCUAUGAGGACCUGUUAAAAUUGGAUUACACUUUUGACUUUCCAGGCCAUCAUGAGAUUAUAAAAGACGAGUGCCUGGGCUGUCGAAGGAAUGCGGCCAUCUUCAACAUGUCAUACUUUGGAAAAUUCUACAUUACUGGACCUGAUGCUCAGGCCGCGACAGACUUCAUCUUCAGCAACAACAUGCGCAAGCCAGCAGGUUCCACCACAUACACUUGCAUGCUGAAUUCCCGAGGCAUGGUAGAAGCUGACCUGACAGUUAGCGCCAUUGCUGCAGGAGAAGGUUCUUCAUGUGACCCCAAAUUUAGUGGUGAUGGAUUUUACGUGGCAGCUGCUGGAGCGAGUGCUAACCACGGCCUUGCUCACAUUCGCUCUGUUGUACAAGAUCGCAAGUUCAACGUUUCCAUUGCUGAUGAGUCUGAAAAUAUGGGGAUGCUCAGCAUACAAGGUCCAAAAAGCCGUCAAAUUUUGCAAUCGCUCACCGACACAGAUCUUUCGGAUGAUUCUUUUCCCUUCUCCACAACCAAGGUCAUCAAUUUUGCUGGGCACAAAGUGCGAGCCAUACGUUUGACAUUCGUGGGUGAAAUGGGCUGGGAGCUGCACAUUCCAUCAGCCUCGUGUGUUCCUGUUUAUACAGCGAUUGUCCAAGCUGGCAAGGCUUUUGGUCUGGUCAAUGCUGGGUACCGAGCCAUCGACUCGCUAAGCAUGGAGAAGGGCUACAAGCACUGGCACGCCGACCUGCGCAUGGAGGACACCCCGCUGGAGGCCGGCCUCGGCUUCACGUGCAAACUGAAGUCAGACGUGGACUUCUUGGGCCGAACGGCGCUGGAGCGUCAGAAGGCCGACGGCUUGCGCAAGCGCAUUGCCUGCUUCACCCUGGACGAGAACGUGGCGCUGCACGGACUGGAGGCGAUCUGGCGCGACGACGAAGUGGUGGGCUUCACUCGGCGCGGCGAGUACGGCUUUGCCCUGGGCAAGAGCCUGGCGUACGGCUACGUGAAGCGACCCGACGGCGCACCGGUGUCUGCGGAGUACGUCGCUUCUGGCAACUACUGGCUCGAGUCCCUGGGCCGUCGUUUCAAGGCCACCUUCCACGCCAAGGUCCCCUUCGAUCCGACCAACAAGAGGGUCAAGGGCGUGUACGACGAGCCACUGCCCUGCGACAGCCGCCCCUGAAGCCGCGCUCGCAUCUCUUAAAGGGACGCUAAAGUGAAACAUUAGAUCAGUUUAUACA